GUGCGUUGUCUAUUAAGAGCUGGGACGGUGAGUGCCUUCUGAACCGAGUGCUUGUACCCUGCAGAACAAGUUUGGAGCAGGUCGGUAGGGGCGGAGCAGGGCAAUGAUCAGCUCCAGUGAACACCUGGAACAAAAAUAUAGGUGAACUGUCCUACUUGGGCGACUCGUACGACCUUCUGCGAUCCAAAGGAAGCUUUGUUGGAACCAUUUCCUGACUGGAGGUUUGGUUUGCGUGCACUGCCAGCUGGUACAACAAGACAACAACACUGAGGCAGUAGAAGUCUAUGUAGCGACCCAGAGAGGACCAGACUGGGUGUUUUCGUCCGGUCUACACGUUUUUUUUCGGACUGACUGCUACUCUCACAUAACGCCAGCUAAAAUGUUUGAAUUGUGUCUGCCGUUUCGGACAGCCUGUUUCACAACGUUGAAGAGGGGAUGCUAUAUCUGUGGCGUUUAUAUGGUGGUGAUCAGUGCCUGUUGUAUCGGUGCGGAGGUUUGGGACUUGGAAAUGAAGAAGGGUGACCAAAAAUCGGACCCGAGAAGUCAAAAAGCUCUGGAGUACGCCAAAGGCUUGAUCUACCUAAACUUUGCCAUGUACAUCACCAUUUUAUUGUGGUCAGUGGGCUAUAUCUACGCAGUCAGCCAGGACAGAAUUGCAGUGAUGAAAUCCUGGGCAGCAGCCGUCAUCACGUUCACAUGUUUAGAGAUCGCAGUUCAGAUGUACCAGCGAGCUGUUCUUUGGGAAGCUAACCUGUUCGUACAUCCGUUCUUUCCGGCGUUCAUGGUCUGCCGUAUCAUCCCAAAUGUCUAUUGCGUUCUUGUGGCCCUAUCACACACAACUUCACUAGAAAUCUUUUACUAUCAAAAACUGGACGAAGAAGAGGCGUCGGGCAGUGCGUCUGGACCACAGGAGGGAUCACGAGUCAGCCUGCUGCGGGCAGUCCUCAAUAACACCCUGUACGACAACCUGUGAACAGGUGUGCACGGACAGACACCCGCACCUGAAGCUCCAAGUGAAACACCUGAGGAAGCGACGGGAACUACAAAGGAGUAAAACUUAAACUUGAAGACUUAGGAUGACCCUUGUAUCUUCAAAACGAAUUCUUUUACCCAACACCUAAGGCUUACUAUAGGAGUUCUGUAUCAAACUAUUGCGAACAAACUUGUACAUGUACUCCUACAUGUGAUGACUGAAAUACUGUAAUUUUUUUAACUUUUGUGGCGGCUUUAUUUUUGAGGUGACCUCUUCACCGCAACUUUAUGACACAGCAAAAUAUGAAUUUCCAAUGUAGACAUAAAGUCCAUGUCUGGUAGGUAAGAUAACCAUAUGACCAACAGCAGUUUGAAAUGUAUCAUGGCUAUCCCUGCAUGGUCUUGAAUAAGCCAGCACUGUAGCAAACCAAAGUUGCAAGAUAGCUGAAGUUGACAUUUGACAGAGAAAAGAGACAGUUUUCAAUUGAAGCUUGAAAGUUUCCAUGUGUAUGCAAAUCAGCAAAAGGCAUUUUGAUGUUUAAAUUAUGACCCAAGGUUUCCCUUUUUGUUCAUAUGAAAUGAAUUGAUGAAAAGGAAGGAAUUAAAAUGCUAUAGGUAGUAUCACAUAUAUUAAUUAUGUAUAAUCUAAAAGCAUAUUAAAUGCAAAUAAAGCUUAUAAGACUUGAAAAAAUGUCUUGUGUAUUUCUUUAUCUUUACUAUGAUAGUUUAUGUUAGUAACAACAAUAUUGGCACCAAGGCAUGAAGUUUAUACUAAGGACUCACACGUGAGUAACUGCAAUAUC